AUGUCGUUUUUCGGUAAGAUGAAAAACCUCUUUCGGAGUCCCGCUAUUGAGGAGGCAAGACGACCAUUGCCAUCAAUCAUCGAGGUUAAUGUUAACCCCAAAGAUUCCUGGGAAAUAGUUGGAGAACUAGGGGAUGGUGCUUUUGGUAAAGUCGAGAAAGCAGUUUCGAGGACGGAUCGAAGUCUAUUCGCGGCCGCCAAGGCUAUCGAGGUUCAAGAAGGUGAGGAAUUGGAGGAUUUCCUUGUUGAAAUCGAUAUUUUGACGUCGUGCAAGCAUGUGAAUAUCGUGAACCUCUAUGCUUGUUAUUUUUUCGAAAAUAAGCUGCACAUGAUGCUCGAGUUUUGCGGUGGUGGUGCUGUCGACGCGAUCAUGAUCGAAUUAGAAAAACCGCUAACUGAAAAGCAAAUCGCUUAUGUGGCGAGGUAUACUUGUGAAGCCAUAGCCUUCCUACAUGACAACAAUAUUAUUCAUCGUGAUUUGAAGGCUGGUAAUAUUCUUCUUACAAGUGAUGCGGUCGUCAAAUUAGCUGAUUUUGGAGUGUCCGCCAAAUUGAAGGAUCGGAAUGAGAGAAGAGAUACGUUUAUUGGGACACCCUAUUGGAUGGCUCCAGAAGUUAUGAUGUGUGAAACAUUCAAAGAUCAGCCGUAUGGCACGAUAUCAGAUAUUUGGUCGUUUGGAAUAACGCUGAUUGAGAUGGCUCAAAUGGAGCCACCUCAUUCUAAUGUGUCACCAAUGCGGGUAUUGAUAAAAGUGCAAAAGUCUGCUCCACCAACUCUUGAGAAUCCUUCCAGUUGGUCUAUAUUUUUCGCCGAUUUUCUCAGUCAGUGUUUGGUAAAGAACCCGGCGGAGCGAAAAACAGCCAAGCAAAUAUUAUCGCAUCCUUUCAUAGCAAAUGCGACUGAUCGCCAUCCUGUUUUGGCGUUAUUGGCUGAAGUAAACGCGGAUAUUGAGGAAGAGGUUGUCAUCGAUGAGGAUCGUGCGAGCUGCGAUGAGAGUUGCGCUGAUUCUGAAGAUCAAUCGUCAGUGGAAGCCAUGUGGACAAAUCCGACACCGGUUCCUCCACCAGUCAAAGAUGUAGCAGUAGCAACGACUGAGGCUCCGGCGAAGAAAAGAGCUGCUCCUCCACCGCCACCCAUAGCUCAGCCCACCGCAACUCCUCAGACGUCCGACAUGAACAAGGAGUUGUUUGUUCAGGCGACAACGCCAUCGCAGCCAUCGAAGACACCUAGCGAAAUAGUGAGUCCGGGACGUGAAGCUCUCAAUAUUCUCGAUGAUCUAACCACUGCUCUUGAUAAGCAAAACUCGUCAUCCAUGCACAGCAUUAGCGACGGCCCCAUCCCUUCGGAAGCUCCACAGGUUGCUCCUAAUCUGGUUACUGUGCACAGUCCAGUUCCUGAACAUAAAAUCAGAGAUGUUGUGGGUGCUGUGCGAAGCCCAACGAAGUCUCCUACUCCAGUAGCUCCAAAGGCAGUUCAUCGGAGUGGAUCCGUUGUGAGCUCAUCCGAAAAUGUUUAUCGUCAGGACUCUUUGCACAAGGCCGAGUCGCAUCAAAGCGUGCAGGACAAAGGCGUGCAGGAUAAAACUGUUGUGAAACUAGGCAUCAAUAUCCCCCAUGAGGUAUUAACAAACACUGAAAAACUUCGUGGAUAUUUUGAGCAGAACUCUCAACAAACAGCCCACGCCGGUGAUAAGAGCUCGAUAAGCAACAUAGUGUCUACCUCGGAAGGAAAGUUAUCAUCCGUGGCUCCAACAUCGCCCACAGUUCUUCCAACGUCGGCAUCGGAGCAGGCCAUCAGUCACCGGACACAUUCACGUGUACAGAGUGAAGAACCACAGGUCUUCACACGCUCGGGUUCUUUGAAAGGUCAAGUUGUUCCAUCGAAGCCCAGUUCGCCGUCAUCCCAGUCGUUGCCUGGUGUGCACAAGUCGAAAACAGAACCGCCACAGCACUUUUCUGCUCCUUCUUCUGAUAGGGAAUCGCCGCCAAAUAGCAAAGAUUAUAACUACUUCGAACAGUUUCCUGCUGGUCCGAGUGCUGAGACCACAUAUUUUUCUUCUUCCUCAUCUUCUGACAAGAAGGGAGUUCCUCCUCCCGAACCGCCCGUGGACUACAAUGACCAGCAGAACUCAAAAGGUUUGAUGUGUCUCUUGCUUAUUUCGAGGCAUGGUUGUAGUUUUGGGGCGAAUCUUAAGCCUGUUAAGAAAAUGCGCCGCCAGCCUCAUUGCCUAAUGGAGCCGCAUUCCCUUCGGCUUCUAGGGAUGUUCAGAGGGAUCAAGAUGGUGUUAAGCAUCGUACCACGAAGGAAGCUGGGCGAAACGACGUUUGCGGUCCGGAAACAUCCCCAUCGACAAACUGUAACGAAGAAGACUCGUACGUACACUAUAGAUGGUAUGCAGGUUACUUCUACAACGAUGCAUGUACUCGGUACCAAAGAAGAUAUGCAAAUGAGGAAGCAGCAGCUUCAAGAUUUGCGUCGUCUUCAACGUGAGGAGGCGCGACAGAAACAGGAGCUGCAACUUGAAGGAGCUAAUUUAGUGGAGCAGCAGGAGCGGAAGUUCCAGCAAGAGAAAGCGGUCCUCACGCGACAAUAUGAGAUUGAUAUGGAAGCAUUGGAGAGGAAGCAAAAGCGCGAGAUCGAGGAAGCUGAGAAAGUCCAGGAAGAUGAAUUGAAGCAGGCACAGAAGCGAUUGAAAUAUGAGCAGGAGAAAGAUUUGCGCGCCUUCAAAGAACGUCUCAAGCAGGAAAUGAAAAUAAUGAAGCAGGAAAUGGAUAUGCUACCUCGUCACCAAAGGAAGGAUGCCUUCAGAAUGAAGAAAGAUCAAAUGGAACAUGAAAAUCACUUGAAGGAAGCUGAUUUCGUAAUGCAACUCCAAAAGAAUGCCGAGGCUACGUUGGCUAGGCUGACGCAGAAGCACAAGGAAAAGAUGGCUGCUCUUGAGCGUCAAUUCCUGAUGCAGAAGCAUCUUUUGCUGAGAGCUAAGGAAAAUAGCGACUGGGAGUUGGAGGAAAAGCAAAUGGGGGAGAAGUAUGUGCUGCAUCGAAAACUAUUCAAGGAUGAGUACUUCCUGCUCCGGACACAAAUGCUGGCUAGACAUCAAAAGGAAUUGGCCCAAGCUCAGAAAUUCAACCAGGAAGAGGAGGAAGAGCUUGUUCGUGCACUUGCUUUGGAUCGAAAGAAACUCCCGAAGAUGUUACGCAAUGAAGCAAAAACGCGAAGCCAUAUGUUCAAAGAGAGCCUUCGAAUUAGCAUGCAGUCAAUGACGCCGGCUGAAAUGAGUGAAAAGCUGCGGCGAUUCGAUGAACAGGAGAACAUGCGAAUUAGGAACGCCCUUGAAGAACACGACAUGAAGAGCGCCAGGAAAAUUGCGCAGCUGAAGGAAAAGCAUCAGUUUUCGAUGAACGAACUUGAUGAGAUGCAGAACGAGAAGAGGAAGCAAUUGCUGGAGAAGGAGCGUAACACUAUGCAGGAACACGAAAAGAAAUAUUACAGUAUGAGGGAACAGUGGCAAGCAGACCUGGCUCCCAGAAAGCUGAUGUUGGAGAGCCGAUUCCAAGAAGAGAUGGAGGCACAGGAGCGCUUCUACGGUAUUUCUCUGAGUGGAACAAUCGCUUCAACGCCAAUCAUGCCUGGUCGCAUGCACUGA